CCUGGCAAGUGCUUGCUUGAUUUUUGAAGGGCUUCAGUGCUUAUGUCCUGAAUAAUGGAGCUGGGUGUUCUCGUGAUGCGUUCUUCUCAGGGGGCUUGGCUUUCUAAAUGCAGCUUUAGGUUUCGAUUACAUCUUGAAAUGCUAUCUGGCUUCUGAACCAACCUGCAAAUUAACUACUUCUCUUCGUUACAGACAAACCUCCCCAUCUUCAAAUUGAAGGAGUCGUGUGUGAGGAGAAGAUACAGUGACUUUGAAUGGCUGAAGAAUGAGCUGGAGCGAGACAGUAAGAUUGUAGUGCCACCGCUGCCUGGAAAAGCUUUGAAACGACAGCUUCCAUUCCGAGGAGACGAAGGCAUCUUUGAGGAGUCCUUCAUUGAGGAGCGGAGACAGGGACUAGAACAGUUUAUUAACAAAAUUGCUGGACACCCACUGGCACAGAAUGAGCGCUGCUUACAUAUGUUCCUGCAAGAGGAGACUAUUGAUAGGAAUUACGUCCCAGGAAAAGUGCGCCAGUAGGAGCACCUGGCACCGUCUUCCUCCAUUCCACCCUCCCUCCUGCAAAAAUGACAUUUAUUUUUACACUAAAUCUGUCUUCUCUGAACCAGCUUUUCCUCUCUUGAAGCUCCCAAUUUGUUCAGUAUUUUCCUCUUUUGUAACUGGCAGCAGUCUGUUCUACUGGGCUGUGGUCUUGGCCUAAAGGUAUGAAGAUUUAUGCAAGUGAAUGUGUUGUCCUGCACCUAGCAGCAGGUGUGAAUAGGUGUGGAGCAGGAACCUGCCUAUGGCAUUACGGUGUGUGAGCUGCCUCUCUCCCUGUACAGAAAGGUGUGAGAUGACCUUCACUCCCCUGUCCAUGCAGCCCCAAGCAUCUCUGCAGGAGACUCUGAAGAAUAGCAAUUGUCAUGUUGGUCAGUGAUUGCAACAAGUAUUAGAGUUUUAGUAAGGCUUAUGCAAAACAGCGAAUAGGUGCCUGGGUGUGUUGGUCCCUCAC